CGAGGUUGUCGCAAGCAAAGCCCAAAAAAACUUGAUUAACAAUUUGAUUUUAUCUAUCUAUCCGUGUGGGAAGAGAGAGAGAGAAAGAGAGAGAGGAGAGAGAGAGAGAGAGAGAGAGAGAGAGAGAGAGCGUAGACGAUGGCGAUGGUAGAGAGCAAUGUUGUCGUCGUUGUGAUUGUUGUUGUAGUUGUUGUAGUUAUGCUUCUUCUCAUCUUUCUCCUUAUCCUUCUCUUCUUCAAGCCAUGGCGUUUUUUUCUCUCUUCCUCUUCUACUCGCUCUCACACAAUCAAGGUUGAUGAUCUAGAUAGGCCCCUUGUUUCAGACGAUGAGGAUCUUAUCCGAAACCAAAGCAAUGAAUUGCGAAUUGAUUAUGAUCUGGAGGGAGCAAGUCUUCAAAAUGAAGGGCAUUUCCGUUCACCUCGGACUUAUGGACGCCUUUAUAAACAAAGGCUUCCCACUGUAUCUCACCAUACAACUCGAGGUGAUAGCUUGGGUGUAGAUGUAAUCUCUGAUCCUCCGGAAGAUUUAUUGUUUGGUCAGACACUUAGGCGCCCUUUGUCAACAGACCAAAUAUCGGAAAUCCAAAAACAUGGUAGACAGAGUUUAGAAGAUGAAAAAUUUCAAGAGUUUGUGAUCAAGGAUAUUCUAGAUCAAAGAAGCUGCCUCACCCUGGAGGUUAUCUCUGGUCCAUCUCGUGGGCUUCGUUGUUCUGUACAGUCAACAAAUACAUCUAGGCUUCCACUGACCCUUGGAAGGGUUUCUCCAAGUGAUUUAUUAUUGAAGGAUUCAGAGGUGUCAGGAAAGCAUGCAAUGAUAAACUGGAAUUCAAAUAAAAUGAAGUGGGAACUUAUAGACAUGGGUAGCCUAAAUGGAACACUUUUAAAUUCACAGUCAAUCAACCAUCCUGAUUCUGGUAGUCGACAUUGGGGUGACCCAAUAGAGCUUGCAAGUGGAAAUGUAAUAACUCUUGGCACAACCUCCAAAUUAUAUGUUCACAUUACGUCUCAAACUGAGUCUCAGAUCCCCUUUGGAGUUGGUGUGGCAUCGGAUCCAAUGGCUGUGCGUAGAGGAGGAAAGAAGCUUCCAAUGGAAGAUGUGUGCUAUUAUCAAUGGCCUCUUCCUGGUGUUGACAAGUUUGGUUUAUUUGGCAUCUGUGAUGGACAUGGUGGAGCAGGAGCUGCCAAAUAUGCUAGCAAAAUUUUACCUGAGAAGGUUGCUGAUAUUUUGUCGGAUUCACUAAAAAGAGAGAGGAUUUUAUCACUACGUGAUGCUUCCGAUGUUCUGAGGGAUGCAUUCUCUCAGACAGAAGCAUGCAUGAAUCAUAAUUAUGAGGGUUGUACUGCAACGGUGCUUCUGGUAUGGACUGAUGGUGAUGAAAAUUUCUUUGCGCAAUGUGCAAAUGUUGGGGAUUCAGCUUGUGUUAUGAAUGUUGAUGGAAAACAGAUUAAGAUGACCGAAGACCAUAGAAUAACUAGUUAUUCUGAAAGACUUCGAAUUGAAGAAACAGGAGAACCAUUGAGAGAUGGGGAAACUCGUCUCUGUGGUUUGAACCUUGGCCGAAUGCUUGGAGACAAAUUUCUUAAACAACAGGAUUCCCGCUUCAGUUCAAUGCCUUAUAUAAGUCAAGUUGUACAUAUCAAUCAAGCUAGUGGGACGUUUGCACUACUGGCCAGUGAUGGGUUCUGGGAUGUCAUUGGUGCAAAGAGGGCAAUACAACUAGUCCUUCAGACAAGGGAGAGAUACUCAACAGAUGAGAGUUCAGCAGAGAAGAUUGCUAAUUAUUUGUUGAGUGAGGCUAGAACAUUGCGUACAAAGGAUAACACUUCUAUAGUUUUCUUAGAUUUUGAUACCAAUAGAAGCUCAUGUAAAGUUGAAUCUUGAUUUGAAUCAAAAGGUUUUAGUGUUUCAGUAAUGAUUAUAUUUGUUUUCUUUUGUUUUUUGAAGUGCUGUACCAUCUAUUUUCUCUUCUUUCAAGUAAUAUCCACCCAAAUAUAGAUGUAUAUCUGGUCUGGCUCCUUAGUACUAGAAGAGUAAGAAGCUGCUUCAAGAUGUAUGGUGCAGAUGGCAAUGGAAGUAAGCCUAAGCAAAUGCGGAAAGCUUGAACUGAACCUAGAAUCAUGGUUUACAAGCAGACUCCUAUGGUGCUGUGAGAGGAAGAAAUUGGUGUCAUGAGGGACAAAGUGGUCCUUGAUCCGAGAUAUCUCCAUUGCACAAGAUGGUUUUUUCUGAGGGACUAUCUCAAAGACAAGAACUUACUUGGAAUGAUUAACCAUUUGGCAAUUGAGGUGAAGCUAUAAUGCAAGUUAGAACGAGAGAAACAUGAAAGAAUGAUAUUUGAGGUUGCUGUUAUGCACUUAAAGCCAGAUAAGGAAAAAGGGAAGAAUAACCUUUUAGGCUUUUACAUUGCUAGUGCUAUGUAAAAUUUUGGUUAGUUAAUCAGGAUAGUCCUUGUCCUUCGCAUGUUGGAGUAAAAUUUUCUUCCAUUUUCCCA